AUGGCGGGCUCCGUGCGCAUCGACGCGCGAGGAAUGCCCUUUUGUUGCUUUCCUGACGCUGCGGCGUCGCGACCUGAGGGCGCUUAUGAUGCGUGCUGGGUGCCCCCCAUUCUCGGUCUUGCUCCAGUCUUCUGGCUUACCAUUUUCGCGACAAUUGGAUUCGGGGUAGCCGCGCACUUCUAUUGGCAACCUGUUAUCCUCACAGGUUUUGUCGUCUUCGGAUACAUUCUCUCCGUUGCUCUCCACGAGUUCGCUCAUGCGGCGACUGCGUUCAAGGGCGGGGAUGAGUCUGUUGUCUACUCGGGGUACCUCACGCUCGACUACUUGAGGUACACGUCACCUCUCUUCUCCCUGGGCCUUCCUCUUCUCUUCCUUCUUCUCGGCAACGUCGCUCUUCCCGGCGCAGCGGUGACUAUUCAGCAUUCGAGCCUCCGCGGAGCCAAGUGGAAGACCCUUACAGCACUGGCGGGACCUCUCGCGAACUUGCUCUGUGGCUUUCUCUUCUCUGGCCUCCUCCGCCUGACUCUCCUCAGCGUGGAUUACUACUACACGGUUCUCCACAUGGGCUUAGCCUGUCUGAUCUACUUUGAGUCGAUGAGCGUCAUCAUUAACAUGAUCCCUCUUCCUCCGCUCGACGGCUGGGCUGCGCUGGAGCCAUGGCUGCCGCGCUCGUGCUUCCUCAGGAAAGCCAUGGAGGACCCCACACUGCGGCGCAUUCUGCCUCUCUUUGUUCUUGCGGCGCUCUUUCCGGUCUUUGCGAAGGUUCCUUUCUUUGGCCACGCCGUGAACGCGGUAGCUAUCACGGUCUUUCGGGCGCCAUCCGAUUUGACGCCGCUGGCCAUGCAGUACUUUUCCAUGCCAUACAGUCAGUGGCGACACAUGCACCCGAUCCCCGUCCCAGUGGACCUGCGGCACGCCCCCGCGUCCACGGAUUUCGUGGAGGGCUUUCUUCUGCAGUGA